UUAGCUCGGCACUCAUUCACAAAGAUGGCGGAAGAGACGACGGGGAAGGGAGUGCAACGUCGAGGCGCUUUGCGACAAAAGAAUGUACACGAAGUUAAAAACCACAAAUUUUUAGCACGAUUUUUCAAGCAGCCUACUUUUUGUAGUCACUGCAAAGACUUCAUUUGGGGUUUCGGAAAGCAGGGUUUCCAGUGUAAUGUCUGCAGCCUUGUAGUCCACAAACGUUGCCAUGAAUUUGUUACCUUCGCAUGCCCAGGCGCAGACAAUGGACCAGACUCUGAUGCCACUAAUCUGCACAAGUUCAAACUGCACACUUAUGGCAGCCCCACAUUUUGUGAUCAUUGUGGUUCUCUACUUUAUGGGUUGCUGCAUCAAGGACUUAAAUGUGAUUCCUGUGACAUGGAUGUUCACAAGAGGUGUGAGAAAAAUGUACCACGUCUUUGUGGAAUGGAUCAUACAGAACGUCGGGGGCGAAUACACCUAAAAAUAACUCAUCAUGGAGGAAAGCUUACAGUUCAUGUGAAGGAGGCAAAAAACCUCUGUCCCAUGGACCCAAAUGGACUGGCCGACCCCUAUGUUAAAGUGAAACUCAUUCCUUAUGACGACACACAAAAGAACAAGCAAAAGACGAAGACUAUAAAGUCUACUUUGAACCCGGAAUGGAACCAGAUAUUUGAAAUAGAACUUUCAGGAGAUGACCAUUCAAAGCGACUCUCUCUAGAAGCCUGGGACUGGGAUCGUACAUCUCGCAAUGACUUUAUGGGUUCUUUAUCCUUUGGCAUCUCAGAACUCAUUAAGAACCCUGUGGAGGGUUGGUUUAAAUUACUAAGCCAGGAGGAAGGGGAAUUCUAUGGUAUACCUGUCAAUGAUGACAUCACCGAGAGUAUUCAAGAAAUCAAAAGGAAAAUGCAGAAUGCUGAAGUUAAUGACAAGAAAGCAGAGCCAUCUGCCUUGGACAAGUUGAAGAAUCUGAACAAGCAGGACAUUGUUCGUGCCAAUGAUUUUAAUUUUCUAACUGUUCUAGGAAAAGGCAGCUUUGGAAAAGUGGUUCUUGCUGAACGGAAGGGUACAGAUGAGCUUUAUGCCAUCAAGAUUCUAAAAAAAGAUGUGAUAAUCCAGGAUGACGAUGUGGAAUGUACUAUGAUUGAGAAGCGUGUGCUUGCCAUGGCCAGCAAACCACCAUUCCUAGUACAACUUCACUCAUGCUUCCAGACUAUGGAUCGACUCUAUUUUGUGAUGGAAUAUGUCAAUGGAGGAGACCUCAUGUAUCGUAUUCAACAAGAAGGCAAAUUCAAAGAGCCAGUAGCUGCGUUUUAUGCAGCUGAGAUUGCAAUCGGGCUAUUUUAUCUGCACCAAAAUGGAAUUAUAUACCGAGACCUGAAACUGGACAAUGUGAUGCUAGAUUCAGAAGGACAUAUUAAAAUAGCAGACUUUGGAAUGUGCAAGGAGGGCAUCCUAGAAGAAAAAACUACAAGAACUUUUUGUGGCACUCCAGACUAUAUUGCACCUGAGAUUGUGUUGUACCAGCCAUAUGGAAAGUCUGUUGACUGGUGGGCCUACGGUGUAUUGCUUUAUGAAAUGUUAGCAGGACAGCCACCUUUUGAUGGAGAGGAUGAGGAGGAGCUUUUUACAUCCAUCACAGACCACAAUGUGUCUUACCCCAAGGCCAUGUCCCGUGAAGCGGUCUCCCUUUGUAAAGGGCUGCUGACAAAAAACCCAACAAAACGACUAGGAUGUGGUCCUAGUGGGGAGCGAGAUAUUAAGGAUCAUGCUUUUUUCCGUCGCAUUAUAUGGGACAAGAUAGAAAGCCUUGAGGUUCAGCCACCAUACAAACCCAAAAUAAAAAGCCGAAAAGAUGUGAGCAACUUUGACCGUGAGUUUACGUCGGAGGCCCCUAAACUGACACCAACAGACAAGCUGUUCAUCAUGAAUCUUGAUCAGACUGAGUUUUCUGGUUUUUCUUAUGUCAAUCCAGAAUUUGUGGUCAGUGUGUAGGCCAGCUGCGUCCCACCAAGUACCUCACCAGUUGUCUGUGACACCAAAUAUUAACCUCAAGCAUAGUGCAUUGCACGCACUCAGGCCUUGCUGUCUCUUAGCUUAGGAUGUCAUCAUAUUCUUGCUUUGUUUUUUCUUCUAGAAGGGUUAAUCUUAAAAUGCCCCUGAUAAUACAAACGACAAGCCAUUCUGUGUGCAGUUCUAAGCGUUUUAUAUAUAUAAACUGUAAUGUUUCAUUGGCCAGAAUAUCUAAUCACAGCUGCCAGCAGUUAUAGAGUAUAUAAUUGGUUGAAAACUCCUUCUUCCAUUUAGACUGUGCAGAAAGGAGGAAAAUUAUACAAUGAAAAGUAACUUCAGAAAUAAAAUUGCUGUAAGAAACUAAAAGGUAACUAACAGUUGGCAUUAAAAUGUUUCCAGGACCUUUUAACUGCUGAGUCUUACCAUAAAACUUUCAUUCAGAAAAUGAGAAAUAAGGGUCUAACAGCUGUUUUGACUAGAGUUACUUCUAGAAGAGCUGGUGGCUAUAUUUUAUGCACUGUUAGUUUCCUCUGUUUUGAUCUCCACAUUUUCCUUGUGAUAUGAAUAGUGGCAAGAUAAUGACUUGCCUUUUAUCACAUUUUGUCAUAUCCAUGUGUGCACAUCAAGCACAUAUGCUGUUUUUUUUAAGAAAAACUUCUUUCUCACACACACAUAAAUGCACAUGUAUGGAAGCAGGUACAAGUGGAUGUUUACCAAAGCAUAUGCACACAUGCACAAUCCCAAACACAAAAAAAUAGUUACAGAAGAGGGGGUAUGGAGGAACAAGGAGAAUGAGAGUAAGCUAAAUGAACAUUAAGAUACAUUUAAGAAUUUGUACAUUGCUUGAUCUGUAGAUAAAUGUGUUCUCAUACUGCAAGUAUAAUGUGUUUUUCAACACAAUUAUAGAAACUUCACAAUAAGUCAGAACUGGAUUUGCUGAUUUAAAAGCCCAUUUAAACUCUCCAAAUAUUCAAUUAUUUUAUUAUUAUUAUUUUGGAAUCCAGAUAAUAUAGACAAAACACUUAAUGAGCUUAGUGACAGUAUUAGAUGUUGAGUGUAACCUGCUUCUUUUCAGCUGCAAAGGCAACAUAUAGAUAAACUUUAUGUUGCUUUUGGAUUAUGCUUGAUCACUUCGAACUUCUAAUUUUAUUUUGAUAUUGUAAUAUGUUUGGUAUUCUUUUUAUUCCUUUGAUUAAGAACUAUUGAUGGUUUAAGUGGUAGUGCACAUGCACAUACCUGCUUACAGCUACUGUAAAAAGACAUUGGCUUAUUUAAAAAUCAGCACUAUUAGUAUAAAAAGACCUAAGUUUCUUUGCAAAUCAAUUUAAACAUGCACAUUUAAGUAUUUUAAUACUUUUCCAAAUUGGUUUUCUUUUUUAGUGUGGGGUGGGAGUGUAGAUGAUGCAAAUCUUUCAGCUGAAAGGAAAGCCACAUAAAUGAUAAGGUAGAUUUCUUUCGUGCUUUUAUCAUUAUUAUCAUGUGUUGUUUUUUUUUCUGGAUCCUUGAUAAAACUAGACCUGAAUGACUGCGCAUACCACCUGUUUGACCACGAAGUGUUCCCUUUUUUGCUGUAUGCACAUGUAUGUGUUCAAAUCAUGCAGCUAAUAAUUGCUUACAGUUAGUAGGUCUUUCCACAUUAAACCAAGAAAAAGCUUCAAAGUUUGGCAAAGGGUUAAAUUUACUAAGAUCCUAAGAAGCAGUCCAGCAUUAUAAUCCUUGUGGUUGACAGACUUUGUAAGUAUUUUUAAAAAUUAUGAAUAUGUUUCUAGUCUUUCAUUGUUUAAAUUUAUAUUUACUAAAAUGUAUUAGCUCUUGAGUAUGUCAUGAUUACAAGCAGUUUAAGAGAGUUACAUGUAUUUUUGCCAACAAAGCCCAGAUCCUGUUUCAUUUUUAAUAAAUACUGUAUACAACAUUUUUUUAUUUCAAAACAGUAUUUUUAGAGGGAACUAUCAUGGCAUUUAAGGCCAAACAGCAAUGUGAAAGCUGAAGAGUUAAAUCGUAAUUUUUUUCUCUGUAAAUAUCUAAAUUGAAUAUGAAGCUUGGCUUUUUUGUUCAUGGAAAAAGUUUAGCAUCUCUUUCUCCUGUGUUUAUGUUUUGAAAGUUUUUUUUUAACGGAGUUUAAAACUCCAUGUGGCCAUGAAAUGUGUGGUAUAAUUUUGUAAUAAUUAUUUAUUUUUUGGAAUUUUUAAAGUCUGCCCUAGAAUCAUUUGUCCUUCUUAUUUGCAUUGUCAAUAUAUGUAACAUUCAUUGUAAAGGUAGUGUUCUGGACCACUUUAAGGUUGUUUUCUAAAUGUGAUAAAUUACCUGGAUUUAUAUAAGCGUAUUCAGAUUUUAGAAUCACUUGGUUUUCCAUCCUGUCUGUUUUGUGUUUUUAUAAUCUUGUGCUUUAAAAAUUUGUUCCUCUCAUGUGCGCUAGUAGUUUACUUACUUGGUUUGAACCCAGUCAUAUGUUUGUUAUAAACUGAUAGAAUCUUGUCUUGUACAAUGGAAUAAAGAGUACAUCAAAUUUUAGAGCAUUAAUGCAGACAAUAUGAAAGCUAGUUUGACUUCUGUACAUAAAGUCGGUUGUGGAAAGCGGAAGCAAGCUGACUAUGGCAUAUGAUAAAUAAAGCAAAAUGGCUAAGACACAUUACUGGUUGAAUGCAAACUGGUUUCAGCAUUUAUUUUCUGUAAAUGCCUCACAUUUUGUGUGCUCUGUUGCUCUGAACACAUUAGUUCAAAGUAUGCAUUGUUUGCCUUUCUUUCCCACAAACUUAUUUUCUUCUCCUGUACUAUUUUCAGGUCACUCAAAAGAAUUUACAUAGGUGUUGACAUCAACAGAGCAGUAUUGCUAUUUUUCUGUAAGAAGGAAACUUUAAGCAAAAGAUAUAAAUGCCUUCUGCUUGGGUACAUCUAAGGGUAUCCUGACAGUCGAGCAUAAAAAAAAUUUCCAGGGUUUUUUAAAAAUUAUUUUUGUAUUUACUGUUUUAAGUCUUACCCGUGGCACAUAUGUUUUGACUACAUGGCAGUCUAUAGUCAUGCAGCAUUUAGUGCAUUGCCUGACUGGGUUUUUUUUAAAGGUUAAAUAAGUUAAAUCCACAUACUAACUUUAUCAGUGCUGGGUGAUCUCUCAAAUGUGUAUUUUUCAAGACAGACACCAACUGUUCUGCUUACUUCAUUUAAGGUAGAGAUCGUUUCAUGAAUGUAAGCUACGUAUUUCACCUGUGCCUGGCGAUUAAAAGUUUGUAAUUCUCACCUUAAAACUGUAAUACCAAUACUUUGCUUUGGCAAUAGCCUCACAUACUGCUCCAAGCACUAAUAUAUUUCUGAUUGAUCUGCUUUUAUAGGACCCAAUUGUUGUCAUAGCUGCCUUUAGGGUUCAAUUUUUUUCUGCUGUUAAUGCUGCUGGUCAUUAAAUGGGUCAAAUGCCUAAAGAUUGUUAAAUAUAAAAGUGAUACUUGUACUGUAUUAGUUGGAACAUUUGUAAAGACCAUUUCAUCGUAGCACUUCUCUGUUUCACACAAACUAUAGAUAGUUGCAAUCAUUUGGGUAAAUUGAUGUGAUAACAACAUAAUAACCACUAUUUUCUUUGCAACUAAGACACAUCAUGAAGUUUUAAAAUAGCAUAGCCCUAUAAUACCCAUAGCAACAUCCCACAAAAAUAUGGCAGAAAGGAAAAUACGGCUAUAAUUGGGGAGUGAAAUUAUUGGUUGUAGGUUGAAAUCUUACCUCCAGCAUAUGUAACUUCUCUGUAUGUGGCACCUGUUUAAAGGAGUGGUUUAGUUUGCCCUGACACAACCUGUUUGACUCAUUGUAAAACAACUAGCUUAGUUUAGUUGAGCAUGUAUUCUUAAAAUUAUCAAAUCAUCAGGUGCAAGGAGUUCUAAUCCUUCAUUUUUUUCUGGCACUGUGCAAAACAGAAUAAUUAUCAUAUGGUUCUAUUAAUACUUCAGUAGUUAUAAUACAGAUUCAGGGAUCUUGGGAGCAGAAUGUGCAGAGUUCUCUGUGUUUCUUUUUUAUUUCUUGUAUUUCAUGUGCACAAACUUGUAAAGUAAAAGAUCAGUAUUAUAAAAGAUUGUUCAUAUAUGAGCAUAUAAUUUUAGCUUGCUUCUUUGUUAUUAAUAUGAUCAUCUAAAAUGUUUUUUAAAGGAUCCUCUUUAUACAUUUUGAGUGAUAAGUGAGGGAUAGAGGGGGAUUAGGAGGGAAGAAUGAAGGGAAGAUUGUGAAAUGUUUAGUUGAAAACAUCUGUUUAUUUUCAGAUGUUGUCGUGGAAAGAAUUGUUUUGUUUCAUUUUUUACCAUGCUGUCAACAUAUGUUCUCUUUUUAAGUCAUGUGCUUGAUGUAACAUUUUAUUGCAUUUAGUGGAGAAGACUAAGUUAAUAUCCAAGAAUAACUGGAUUCUUAGCAGCGUGGGAAUAAUUUAUUUUCAGACUUUUUUUAAGUUGUUGCAGAUACUGAUGUAUUUUAAUAAUCCCAUGCAUUAUGUUUUGAUGCAUUUGUAAAAGUUGUAAAGUUUUGAGUUUUAGAAAUCAAAUUUUUGGUGACCAUGGUUACUUACUUUUAUAUUCAAAUUAAAUCACAGAACACAUUUGUCAUGGCAACAUACAACACGUGUGCAAUGUGGUGUUUUUUUUUUCUUUCUUUCUUUCUAUAGUGAUUGUCUUCUUUUGAAGGAAUAAUGGGAGGGUUGUAUACUACAUAGUUGGGUUUUUUUUCACUUGUGCUGUCAGUCCUGGCAGCAGUGGCAAGUAAUCUUAGAGCAAUCUACAUGAAGAAUGGUGUAAAAGAGAGAUUACAGACUCAGUCUAAGCAGAAAGUUACAUGAAAGUGUACCGUUCAAAUGUUCACUCAUUUAUGUCUGGAUGUUUUAUUUUAAUCUUUUGAUUUCAUAUAAAAUGCUACUUUAUGCAUAACCUGUUCCAAAGUGGUGUGACCACAUUUUAUUUUUCUUUCUCAUUCCUAAAGAAAUUCUUACCUGACCACUUUAUUUCUUUGUCAGAUAUACUGUUGAGAAAAUGUAAACUGUUUGAUCCUCACAUUUGACAUCUCAGAAGCCAUCUAAUAUCCUUGCAUUGUUUGAUUUGCUUGGAGCUGAUAAUAUCAAAAAUUUUCACUUGUAUUUCUUGUGUGCUGGCUAGAGAUAUCAGUAACAUGGAAGUGUUCUCACCACUCAUAAUUAAUCAUUCUUCUUGCCUUGAAAAAACUUCUUUCGUUUUGUGUCUAUGUCAUCAAGAUCAUUUCAUCACACACAUUAUUUCACCAUGUGCAUCAGGACAGAACGAGAUCUUACACUGCUGUGUUGUAGGUGCUUAUUAGAAGAUUGAGGAGAUGCACACAGAAAAUAAUUUCUGCUGAGUAUAUCAUGCGCGUUAUCCUUAAGACUUGCAUUUAUUUUCCUUUUGCACCAUGCCAUCACAGCUGUCAUUUUGCAUAUCGUCCAUAAUCUCUACUGGCAUGCAUUGUCCUCCAAAUGAGAGCAUGAAAAGAUUUUUAACACAAUAGAAUAUGUGCUGCCUUACAAAAUGCAAAAGAAAGAAAAAAAGCAUCUCUGUCACAAACCAGUAAUUUUUAGCUAGUUGUAGGAAAGGUUCAACAAUGAUUAGAAGAAACUUGAAUAGAAACUUGAAACUUGACACUGUUCCCAAUAAGAUCUGACUUAAAACUUUGGAAACAUCAUUGUAAACAGAUCUAGCUGAAAUGACUAGCAUUUGAAUCUCACUUGUUUCUUUCACCUUUUUUUUUCCCAUUAAAAUUCACUUAUUUCUUUGCGCAUUGAUAGCUUUUAGUAAUGAGGACUCCAGUUAAGUCACCUGUUAUAUUGCUGAUGCCCUGAUUUUCUCUGCACCCCUUCCCUCCUUGAGCUGGUGCUCAAGGAGGUUGAAACCCUCAAUUCAAAUAUACUGAAUUGUUUUAUUUGGAAAAUGAAGGUGAUAGGUAAUAAUUCUGGUAUAUCAUUUCUUAAAGAUUUUUAGAUCUGUCGUGUUUGCUAGAUGCUUCUUGUUACUAAUGGGUAAACAAUUUUAGUAACAAGAUUCAUGUUAGUUAAUUAAAGUUAAUGUUGACGUUAAAUUUUUUGGAAUCCCCAAUGUAUGAGAAUUUAAAUUGUGACAAGUGCUUUCUUAGUGAGAAUGCAUAAGAAUGGGUAGUCCUUUCUAACUGUGAAUGUUUGAUAAAUUGUCUCAAAAACUUUCCAUUAUUGAUGCAUGAACUAUGAAUUAAAUUGGUUGUACGGAUUACUGUCAAUGCUCAAAGUUUUCAAAGGAGUGACCUGCGGAUUCCAGUUUUGUGCGACUGUGCUGGUUGGAGUGUUCUGUUGAUGUUUUUACACUUACACAACUUUUAACUGUGCACAAAGAUAGCUAAGUCAGUUUUAAUUUGUUAGGACAUGUUUCACUGUUAACUUUUAUAAGGUACUCUUGUACUUUUUGAUUGUCUGUGUUCCUUUCUUCCCCAGCUGUUCCUUUUAAAAUUUGCAUCAUCAAUAUUUGCAUUUUUUCAAAAAUGUGUUAUCGGUAAUAUUUGACAAACAGAUUUCAUCGAAUGUUGUAAAUUUAAAGAUUCCCUUUUCUUAAAAUGUGAUAUUACAAUUUGUUUUGCAGCAUAUUCUACCAGUUUUGACAUCUUUUGGCAUGACAUGUAAUUUGCUUCACAGCAUAUUUGUAUCUUGAAAAAGAAAAUUUAAGUCUGAUAAUAAAACAUGGAGUAAACAUGCA